UCCCAAAAUUAAUUAUUUGUAUUUUUUGAAAUUAAUAAAUAAAAUAAUUAGGGAAGUUAAUUAACAAUUAAUUUUAUUUCUCCAUCCUCUUGCUUAAGCUAAUCCAAUGUUAUUACUAAUUCUCGCCAGAGUUCCGAUGAUGGCAAAUCGACCUCGUUGUUUUUCGUCGUUCUUCGUCGUUCAUCGUUCAUGGGUGUCGUCGGAGUUUUUUAAUUAUCAUAAUGAUUUCGUCGUUGUCCUUACUACAAAAUUCUGGGUUUUUGGUUUUGGGAUUGUUAGAUCUGGAAAUUAAUGGGAUGAAGAAGAGGGAGGUGCUGUGAAGCAAAGAGCAAUGAAUUUCGGUACUUGUUCCAUAUAAUUUGAAACGAUUAUUGGUUGUUAAGACUUUAGUGGCCGCCGAAAAAAAUGGAGUCACGACGGAAGUUUGGAAAUUUGCCGAGCGUGUUAAAUCUGUUGAAGAAUAAUAAUGUUUUAGUGUUAAAUCUGGAAUUCCCUUCGAUUGAAUGGUUGUCAUGGCUGGAAUUUGUUUGGCAAAAGUUGCAAGUCUGCCGCUGCCAUGGGAGAAAGAAGGAACCAAAGUUUUUAUUGAAUAUCCUUAUGUUCUAGUGGAAAUUAUCAACAUCAUGUAUGGAUAGUACCCAAACACUUUGUUGGUCGUUACCAUCCUUAUGUCCUUAAGAAACUAAUUACAUCUGCUAGGGUAGUAUCCAAACACAUUGUUGGUAGCUACCUUCCUUGAGUUAUUAUGGAUACUACCAACAUCAUUCAUGCAUAGUAUCCAAACACAAUUAAAAAUGAUGAUUUAGGGCAACGUGUCCGCAAUUUCUCCCUUUAUUCUCCCAACAGUGAAACCCUUUUAUUCUGUUUCCCGCUUUCUGCCCUCCACUUUCUUGAUUUAACCUAGUCCAAGAUUUGUACAUUCAAACCCUAAAUUCUAUUUUUCUAAAAUCUAAUUUCGCUCUCAUUAACUUCAAUUUCACCACCUUUCGUUUCGUUUAUCUGUCUCUUUAAGCCCUUUCUCAGGUGAAUGGAGCACUAAACCCUAACUAAUUGUACAUUAAUUUAUAAUUAGUAGAAUUUAUAAUGAUUAUAAGUCCUUGUUUCUUUGUAACUGCAGGCGGAGGUAUCCGGAUUACUUCCUAAAUACAGGUUAGUAACGACAAACUACGGUGUUGGUCAUGUCCGAAGGGAUACAAGAUGCAAAUGGAAAAAGUUCCCUUGAAAGUGUUUUAGAUGCAAGUAGGUUUAAUUUUGAUUGCAAAAGUCUUUCAUUUUGUUUUUGGGUUUGGAUAAUUGCUUAUUUGUUAACUCUUAUGUCAUGUUGCUUGAGUAUCGAAUGAGUGUUAUAGAAAACCAUGUGAAUCAACUCGAUCAAUUGGAGGAUAUCCAUCAUGGAUUAUACAUUGAAUCAAGUGAAGGACCUCAUAAUUAAAUCAAUGAAAACAGGGGACGGUAAGUACACCAACCCGAAUUCUCCAUUCUCUAUCAACGAUAACAGCCUAAAGGGUAAUCGAGAAUGCGAUGGUCUCCAUUCUUAACGCCAAUCGGGAAUUCUGUGAAAUGGAAGUUGAUUAUUGACUCGGAUGAAAACAGAGUAGAUUCAGUGACGAUGAUGGUCCAACAAUCAACAUUAGAAAUAUUCUCUUUACGGUAUCCCGGUUCCAUGAUGGGAUGGACACUUUAAUGGAAUUCCCAAUUCUUGAUGUGGUCAAUAAAAAGAUGAAAGAUCCUAUGACGAGUCCGGUGGAAAAGAAAACACCUGACAAGGCUUUAACUAAGAAGAGUCCUGGCAAUACAGGCGGCAUAACGUGCGAAUCUAAUCAACCAGAGAGAAAAAUUACAAAAAGAAGAGGAACUCGUCGUGGUAACAAAGACAAACAACUGGAAGAGGAGACUACUGUACGUUCAGAGCGAUCAGGAGAAAAUGAAGUUAUUAAGGAACGUGUACCUCUAGCAAAACCAAAGAGGGGCAGACCAUCCAAAAGUCCUACAGUUAUGAAGAAAGGUCUACCUCUAGAAAAUCAAAAGAGGGGAAGACCACCAAAAAGUCAUGCUGUUAUUAAGCCUAGAGAGGAGCCAUUGGAUGUGCUACUUUUUGGAGCUGUGCAAGAUGUGCCACAACUUAGCGUAGUAUUUUCACCACCCCAGGUAGUUUUUUCACAAACAGUUGCAAAGAAGAGUGAACAACCCAAAAGGAAUUUUGGUGAACUACAAAUGAUUUUUAGAGAUCCAAAUAUGGACAACAACAAUGAUGUGCAUGAAGCAUCAACUCCCAUUCAAACUCUACAACAAAUGAAGCAGAUGAACCAGGUUCUUCACACAAGUGAUCACACCAACAUAACAGAGGAAGGCCCAAGUCCUAUCUACCUAGACUGCUUGAGUUCCCUAACUCCAUUGGAAAGAAAUAUAUGCCAACAUAUAGCUCAAGAGGCCACCGACUACCAUGUAUAUUGGCCCCCAUAUUAUCCUAUGUACCUCAAAAUUGGAGAAUCGCAUGUUGUGUACCCGAACUCAAGAGUUACAGGCCACAUACGUAUUACUACUGAAUAAUCUAAUAGUAUCAAAUUGUUUGUUAACACAUAAUUUUUUUAUUGCAGUUUAUUGACAUGUAUUUGUAUGAUCUGGAACAUUGCGCAACACAUGAAGGGAAUACGAAGUUGAUUUUUCCGACUUUAUUCCAGGUUUUCGUUCUGAAAAAUGAUGUGCGUAACGUGUAUGAGGGUAACGAAAACUUUAAUUCAACAUGCUUGGGAACGUACCGCUUCAUACCUAUCUGAUGAUUUGAGUUAGAUUAGCACGGUGUAUAUUCCUGCAUAUGAUUUUGGAAAAAAAACCAGUGAGCAUUGUUUUUGUUGGUCGUCAAAAUACAUGAUAAAGAGGUGUGGAUACCCGAGAAACGAAUUACCUGAGAAGCCUGAAUCGUAGUCGCCGAUAACAUUUCCGCGAAAUCAAGACCGGGGCACCUGAACUUAUAAACGACAGACUGUUUUGCAAAGAAUUAAAGAAGUAAGAUGAAACAAUGGAAAGAAGAGCAAGUCGAAGAACUACCGUAAUAGAUGUGGAGGUUGAGCAGUUACUGGAAUAUGAAUGUAGAGAUUUUUAGGAGAGAGGUUUUUAUGAGAGAGAAAGAAGUUGAGAAGUUAUGCGAGGAGAGAGAAAAUAAAUGGGGGAUAAAUUAAUUUUUUUGGGGAAAUUUUUCGUCUGAAUCGCGAAAACAAAAAUUAAAAGGGACUUCAAUUACAAAUCAUGCGCCGAAAAUUUUGGUUUAUUUUUUCUUAAAAGUCCUAAAAAAGUUCCACUUUAUCAGAAUAUUUAAUAACUUUAUUAAUGGUCACUACCAACACUACAUCGAUAGACAAAUAAUAUUGAAAAUUAAUUCAAUUUACAAUCUCAUAUACUAAAGUGUAGAUCUCUUA